AUGACUGAAGGAGACUCAGUGACUCUAAUCUGUGAGGUUACAGACUCCUCUACAGGCUGGACAUUCAGCUGGUACAAAGAUGUUCCCUACAGAUACAGUGAUUGGUAUAGUGGGUAUGAAGUGGAACUCCUCUCAGACAGCAGCAGAGGAUCUCGAGGCUCCUACACUAUCAGUCCUGCCACUCGUAAUCACACAGGAGUUUAUAUGUGCAGUGCUGAGAGAGACGGACAGCAGGUUCAGACAGAUCGCAGCGAUUCACAGCCACUAUGGAUCACUGAUCCUGUCAACAUCACAGUGCAUGAAAGACCACGCCCAGUACUGAGUGUAUCUCCACAGAGCUGGCUGACUGAAGGAGACUCAGUGACUCUAAUCUGUGAGGUUACAGACUCCUAUACAGACUGGACAUUCAACUGGUACAUUGAGGUUUCAUACAGAGACAGUGAUGGAGAUAUCAGGUAUAAAGUGGAACUCCUCUCAGACAGCAGCAGAGGAUCUCGAGGCUCCUACACUAUCAGUCCUGCCACUCGUAAUCACACAGGAGUUUAUAUCUGCAGAGGAGAGAGAGACAGACAGCAGGUUCAGACAGAUCACAGCAAUUCACAGUUACUAUGGAUCACUGGUGAAUCUCCUCCAGUCUCUCUGAUCAUCAAUCCCAGCAGAACUCAACACUUUACUGGUCAAUCUCUCUCACUGAGCUGUGAGGACCAGAGAGACUCUACUGGAUGGACAGUGAGACGAUACACACACAGUGGAGGAGUGUCAGAUUGUUCACACUCAUGGUGGGGAUCAGUUACAGGAUCUACAUGUAAUAUCAGCUCCCUCUCCACAUAUUACACUGGAGUUUACUGGUGUGAGUCUGAAUCUGGAAAAAAAAGUAAUCCUGUCAACAUCACAGUGUAUGAUGGUGAUGUGAUCCUGGAGACUCCUGUCCUUCCUGUGACUGAGGGACAUCCUUUGACUCUACGCUGUUUAUAUCACAACACAAAGCCCUCAAACCUCCGAGCUGAUUUCUAUAAAGAUGGAUCAGUACUUCAGAAACAGACUACAGGAGAGAUGAUCAUCCAUAAGGUCUCAAAGUCAGAUGAAGGUUUCUAUCACUGUAAAUACUCACAGAGAGGAGAGUCACCAAAAAGAUGGGUCUCAGUCAAAGGAUCAGCUCCAUCCUCAGUGCUCAUGCUGAUCAGUAGUGUAGUGACGGCCUCUCCAUACCUGCUGGUGACCAUCAUUCUGCUGAUCAAAUGUUACAGAGCUCGAGAGAGAGGGCCUGUACUGAGUGUCUCUCCACAGAGCUGGCUGACUGAAGGAGACCCAGUGACUCUAAGUUGUGAGGUUGCAUACUCCUAUACAGACUGGACCUUUAGCUGGUACAGAGAUGUUCCCUACAGAGAUGUUUAUGUGGAUAUCACUUAUGAAUUGGAACUUCUCUCAGACAGCAGCAGAGGAUCUCGAGGCUCCUACACUAUCAGUCCUGCUGCUCUUAAACACACAGGAGUUUAUAUGUGCAGUGCAGAGAGAGACGGACUGCAGGUUCAGACAGAUCUCAGUCUUCCACAGCCACUAUGGAUCAUUGGUGAAUCUCCUCCAGUAUCUCUGAUCAUCAAUCCCAACAGAACUCAACACUUUACUGGUGACUCUCUUACACUAAGCUGUGAGGACCAGAGUAACUUUACUGGAUAG